GCGCUCACCUGACGGGGCCGUCUUGGAUUGGCAUAAAAGUUAACCUUAGCGUUCGCUUCUACCUCCACACAACGCCACUUAAUUUUCCUCUCUGACGCUCGCUCAUUCGUAGCACACCAACCAAUCAAACUGGCGAAGAUGUCGAGAACAUACUGUAUCCCAGCCGUUUUCUUCCUCUUCUCUGCCUGGUUCCUCCUUUUCAUCGUCUCAAUUUCUCUCCCGAGUUUUCAGGCGAUGGACAUUACUCGUGUGCACUCUAGUGGGCAGGUCGUAAGUAAUAGUAACGAAUCAUUCACGCAACUUAGACUCGGUAUUUGGGGUUACUGUGUUGACCUGUCUUCGGGCCGCACAUGUUUCAACACUGGUCACGGAUACUCGGUCACUGUCACGAAUUCACAGAAUGCCCAAGUUACUAUAGGUCCUUCAUGGACACGCGGUCUCGCUACUCUUCCCGUUGCUGCCUGUGUUGCAUUUGUUGCACUUCUUCUAUCAAUUUCCCAGCACAUCACGGUCACCCUGGUGGCUUCUCUAGUAUCGUUCCUCGCGGCUCUAAUUACCCUUAUCGCAUUUGCCAUCAAUAUCGCUCUCUUUGCCUAUGUCAAGAAUGAAUUGGGUAUGCUUAAUAUCAGCGAGACGACCAUCACUGGGCCUGGUUUUUGGCUCACAUUUGUAUCACUGAUUCUGCUUCUCUUGGCUGGAUGCACUGUGUGCUUUGGCCGUCGUCGUGACAGAAUGGCAGGUGCCACUAAUAACUCAUACCAGUUGAACGGCGUCAAGGGUGGGUUCCUCUCACGCUUCCGCCGCAACUAGGAAUCACGGCUUUCACGGAUGGAUGGAAAGAUUGAUGAACUUACUAUAUACCGACUGGACAUCGCAUAUACUGAAUUUUUGCAUGCAACAUUUGUUGCAGAGGUUCUCCUAGUAGUGAUUUUGGACAAUGUGUUCAACGCAUUGAUUUGUCUUGUACUAUACCAUGUUGCUUUUAUGAAAUUGACAUCUAUAUUUGGAAUCCCCUAGUACCUGUAUCUACUGACGACAAGAACCUGUUUGUCGCUGCUAUAUACCACCUUGAACCCAAGUUGGAGCUACUCUCUUU